AUGGAUAAUGCGAGCAAUUUGUUACAUUGCUCCAAUUUUAAAAGCCCUUGUCGAAUAUGCCUGAAAACCAAAUCGCGUACAAUAGACUUAUUUUCUAAACAAGAACAGUCAAAAAAUGUGUUGAACAAAAUAUUUGUAUGUUUUCAUAUUAAACUCACGCAAAACAAAUAUUUACCGUCGUUAAUUUGUAUAGAAUGUGUAGAAGAACUGAAUAUUACUUGGCAAUUUCGUGAAAAAUGUUUGACGUCCGAAGAAAAGUUUGCAGUAUUCACUAAAGAUCUUUUAGAAAGGUACAUCUUACCAGUAAAUGACAAUUUUAUAGUAAGAGAUGGAGAUGUAAGCAGCAUCAAUGAAGUUCUAAGAACACAACAGAGCCCUGAUAGAGCAGAUUUAGACAAAGAGAGUGAUAAAUCAGAAUCUGCAUUAAGCAAUACUGGUAAAAUAACGAAGAUUGAACUAAAUUGCACCAGCUGUAAUAAAACUCUUAAAUCUGAAGCAUCAUUAAUGAGGCAUCAAAUUUCUAUGCAUCAAAAAAGGAAGCAUUUAGGUACAGUGACGGGGUUUGGGCCUACUCGUCGUUAUCAUUGUACAAAAUGCCCAUAUGCUACACCCCACAGUCAGACUUUAAUUAAUCAUAUGAGGAGGCAUAACGGAGAACGUCCAUAUCAUUGUGACUGUGGAAAAAGUUUUACUCAAUCUUCUAGUUUAGCUGCACAUCGAAAGAUUCAUAGUACUGUCACAUAUUACACCUGUUCAGUAUGUGGUAAGCAAUUCAAACAUGCAUUUAGUUUGAAGACACACUUACAUGUCCAUGAAAUCGGUAAAUUUUCUUGUAACAUCUGUAAAAAAUUGCUUAAAUCAAAACCAUCAUAUCAAGCACAUAUGCAGAGACAUAACAACAUACAUAAUUAUAGUUGUGAAGACUGUGGAAGAACAUUUGUAACAUGUUCAGAAUUAAUAAAUCACAAGAAACAGCAUGAUGUGGUGAAAACAGUUGAGUGCCAACUAUGCGGAUAUAAAACACAUGCAAAGAAAAAUUUAGCUGUUCAUCUAAAACGACAUGCUGGGGAAAAGUCAUUUAAAUGUGAAUUAUGUAAUUUAUCAUUUUAUACAAAAGGCGAUCUUCAAAGACAUAAAAGAGUUCACACACGUGACAAACCAUUCCCAUGUUCGACUUGUGGUCAACGAUUCACUCAUAGCCCUAGUUUGAAUAAACACAUGCAAAGUGUUCAUGGUAUUGAGUACAAAUGGGCAGAUAUCAAGUGGAAAGAAUCAAGGAAGAUUAAACUAGUUGUGGUUACUGAAAAGAAAUAA